AUGAAGCGGCAAUGGGGCAACCUGGUUCGUGGCGCACCAUUCAUUUCGGCAAAGAUCUUGCAGCAGCUUCUCACGGCCCACAGCAAGUUUCGGAUCAGUUACAAGCAGGCGUGGCGGCUGCGUGAGGCAAUCCAGAAGGAGAUGUACGGGGAUUGGCAGGAGUCGUUCAGGUUGCUGCCGACGCUGGCUGCAAGGUUUAAGGAGAUAGAUCCGGCUGGAAACUUCAAGAUUCAGACGGUAGACGACUGUUUCAACCGCAUGUACAUUCAGCCGUCUGCAUCACGCGAUGCAAUUGGUUUUUGCCGCCCCGUUGUUGCACUGGACGGGACGUUCCUAAUCAGUGCACAACGCGCAACCCUGCUCAUUGCCGUGGUCCUCGACGGUAACCAGAAGAUUCUGAUGCUGGCGUGGGCUCUGGUCGAAGGAGAGAACAAGGAUUCGUGGACCUGGUUCCUGCAAUGCUUUAUGGAGAGCUUCCCGGAGUGGCCACACCGUGAUGAUGCGUCCAUUAUCAGCGAUCGUGACAAGGGCCUAAUUCCUACUGCACGGGAUGUGCUCCCGCUUGGCAUACCUCACUACUUUUGUGCAUGGCAUCUCCAUCAGAAUGUUGUGAAGUUUGGUGAGGCUGCUGCUCUUUUCUACUGGCGUCUUGUGAAAUGCAGGGACCGCGACAAAUGGGACGCCUUGGUCGCAGCAUGCCGCCGUGACUUCGAGCCAAUGGCGAACUAUCUCCUCGGCAUCGAGAAGCCGGCCACGUCAACAAGCAGCCGAGAACCCUGA